ACGACUGGGAGAAUUCGCUUCGCACACGCGCAGGGAAACAGCUGGGGGGCGGCGGCGGCUGCUGCUGCGGGCCGGGGCGUCUCAUCCACGCGCAGUGGGACUCAGGCUGCUGCCGCCGCUUGUCUCGUCCUGUCAGUCCAAGAGAACAAACUGUUUUGGAGACCCCUGAAGCAAGAAGUUCAAGGCAUUGGGUGACACGAUGCCUUCAGUUCCUCCAGAAGCAGAGAUGGACAACAGUUCCUGCCCUCACUUCUCUGCUAAAUGUGUACUGAAUGGAGGCCUGGAGAAGGAGCCCGGUAACAUCAGUGAGGAGAGAAAGUGGAUCCGACCUGACACCCCUAGCAAAUGUACCUGGGAGCCAGGAAAACUCCCCUCUGAAUCCCCUCAUUAUCACCCCACUUUGUCAAAGUCUCCAAACAUCCUGCCAAACAUUCUGAAGAAAAUUGGUGAUACUCCUCUGGUACAAAUCAACAAGAUCGGAAAGUUCUUUGGACUCAAGUGUGAACUCUUGGCAAAGUGUGAGUACUUUAAUGCUGGGGGGAGCGUGAAGGAUCGAAUUAGCCUGAGGAUGGUGGAGGAUGCAGAAAGAGCUGGGAUUUUGAAACAUGGGGACACGAUCAUUGAGCCAACAUCAGGAAACACAGGUGGAUGUUCUGAGAGCUCUUGGCGCUGAGAUUGUGAGGACCCCAACUACUGCCAGAUUUGACUCGCCUGAAUCUCAUGUGGGAGUAGCAUGGCGACUGAAAAAUGAAAUCCCCAAUUCCCAUAUCCUAGACCAGUACCGCAACGCCAGUAACCCCUUGGCACACUAUGACACUACAGCAGAGGAGAUCCUGCAGCAGUGUGAAGGAAAAAUAGACAUGCUGGUGGCUGGAGCUGGUACAGGAGGCACCAUUACUGGCAUUGCAAGAAAGCUGAAAGAGAAAUGCCCAGAUUGCAAAAUUAUUGGUGUCGAUCCCCAGGGCUCCAUUCUUGCUGAGCCUGAAGAACUGAAUAAGACUGACAAGACAACAUACGAGGUGGAGGGGAUUGGAUAUGAUUUUGUCCCUACAGUGCUGGACAGAUCGGUGGUGGACAAGUGGUACAAGAGCAAUGAUGAGGAGUCUUUUUCGUUGGCACGCAUGUUAAUCAGAGAGGAAGGAUUAUUGUGUGGUGGCAGCUCUGGCAGUGCAAUGUCCAUUGCUGUGAAGGCUGCCAAGGAUUUGACAGAAGGUCAGCGCUGUGUUGUCAUCUUGCCCGACUCUGUCAGGAACUACAUGUCCAAGUUUUUGAAUGACAAAUGGAUGACCCAGAAAGGGUUCAUGAAAGAAGAUGAUGACCUCGUUAAGAAACCUUGGUGGUGGAACCUCAAAGUUCAGGAAUUAAGUCUCUCUGCUCCCCUGACAGUGCUUCCAGGUGUCACCUGUGAAAAGACCAUUGAAAUCCUCCGAGAGAAGGGAUUUGACCAGGCACCAGUUGUUGAUGAUUGUGGUGUGAUUUUGGGAAUGGUUACCCUUGGGAACAUGCUUUCAUCAUUACUUGCUGGGAAAGUUCAGCCAUCAGAUCAUGUCAGCAAAGUAAUCUACAAGCAAUUCAGACAGAUUCAUCUGAAAGACAGCUUGGGGAAACUUUCUCAUAUCCUGGAAAUAGACCACUUUGCUCUAGUUGUACAUGAACAGAUUCAGUAUCACAGUGAUGGCUCCUCCAGUAAGAGACAGAUGGUGUUUGGCGUUGUUACAGCCAUUGACUUGCUUAAUUUUGUGACUGCACGGGAGUGGGAAAGAAGGGCCACCUAAGUUCAAGGACCACUCUGUUUGCAACAUCUUCCGUGGCAUUUUGCAGUCUCUAGAAAGAAUCAGGCCCCUCUCUCUCUCUCUCUCUCUCUCUCUCUCCCUUUGCUAGAAUGUUCUGUCUCCUGUUUUGUUUUUAACAUUCUAAAAAUAAACACAGUUGGGAUCAUCCUGACUGCUGUGAUGUAACAGCACAUCUAAACAUUGCAGAGCUUUUCAGGAUUGUUAGCUCUCAAUCUCCUGUAAUUGGUUGAUCUGCAUAGAAUUUAUAUAAAAAGCAAAUGUUAGACCGUACUGAUUGUGCUUAAAGUCUAAAACACUGUUAACACUUAAUUGAAGGUAAUAAACUGAACAGCCACAGCCAAGCUGAGGCGAGAGCAAUCUAGGAAGACUGCCUAUGAGACUGUGUGUGUUGCUCAUUGACCUAAAAUAAGUCCAAGACACUGGAUUUGGUGACAAUAUGGGUAUGCCUUCCCUAGUAAAACAUUUGUGUAUCUUUUCACAGUGAGAUCGUUAACUUGAAACGGGGUUGAGGUAAAUCCUGGACUCCAGCUAUAGGGUUUACCUCCAGCAGCUGUUUUGAGUCCGAGCUAUCACUUGCCUUGUCUUGACUGAAAUAUUGCAAUAAGGUAGCUAACACAAGAGAGUCAUCUUACUGUAAAAGACACACCUUUUUCUUAGUGAAGACACAGCUUAUAUCAUUUAUUUUUACCUGGCUGAAUAACCACAUGUGUAAACAACAAAUCAAAAUCAGAUCAAGCUCUCUAAAGAGCGAAUUCUUACCGGUUAUGGCGUGUUUCAUGCACAACAAGAAGGCAGCACAUUUCCCCUGAAAACUUUUAUCUAAGACUGACCUCCUACCUCUAACUGAAGUUCUUAUGCCUACACUUAGGUCAUAUAAUGUAAUUCUCUCCAGUCAGGAGCAAGGGGAGGCCCUGUAAGAUCCUUUCAUCGCAGCCCCCUGGCUCCUCAAGUGCUUCUGAACUCUAGAUGUCUCUGCAGGGAAGAAACACUAGCUUCUGCGAUGUAUAACAAAACAUAAACACAUCUAGGACAAAAUCCUGCCCUUCGUUAGACUUGUAUAACUGGACUACAGGCAAUAGGGCUGCAUAGGUAUGAGAGGGCAGAAUUUGGCCCAUAAUAUUUAAUGAGUGUAGUGAAUACACUGUGACCAAACUUACCAGUGACCCACUGCAAUGGCAUUGUCUGAGCCAGUCAGAGUGGAGGGGAUGCUGUGCAGUUAGCUAGGUGUAACUAUGGAUUUCUUUUAGCUACAGAGGUUUCUGGAGUCUCAUUUGUGUCUGACUUGCAUUAGUUUAGUGUUGCCCUUUCUCAAACUGUUCAGUCCACCUAACCUUGUACUCUGGCUAAUAGUGGCUCUCAGCCACUCGGCAGUGGUUUACAUAAUAACUCUACAGAGAUGCUGUCUCGGCUUCUCACUCCCUUUAGCUGAAGCAGAAAAAUUCCACAGUUUACACACAAAGCCAGACAAAAACUCCCAAGAAUCUGCAGCUGUCAAUCAACUAAAAGAGGAAUUAUUUAUAUAUACACACACACACA